UCUGCCCUGCUCGCUCACAGGUCUGGCUCUCCCUUAUCGGGGAGCCGGCUGGGUGAGUCAGCGGCCUAUCAGGAGCAGGAGGGUAAACGUGUAAGGCCAGGCAGGAGCCCAAGCUGUUAGGCAGGUUGCCGGGGAGCUGGGAUCCAACAGUCAAGGUCCAUGCGGGGGUUGCGACAUUGCAUCGCCCUCCAGCAGGACAGUCUGCCAGGCUGUCGGAGAAGCCGCACCUGCAGGUGGACCAAGCCCGGUGCAGGAUGAGGCUCUGGCUGCUGGCGGGUUUAGCGGCUGCGCUCACCCUUGUGGCGGUGGCCGGGGCCGACCUGGGGGACUCGACGGAGGUGGAAGAUGUGGUAGGAGAGAAAGAGGAUCGGCUGCGAGUCAGGAGGGAGGACAAGAAACCCAGGCCACCACCUUCCCAACCCUGUCCUGGCUGCUAUUCUCCUCUGAGCAAGCCAGGUAAACCAGCGAGAGCCAGGAGACAAGUGGAGAAACAGCAGCAACCCGGACGCAGACCCAGGCCUGAACAUACCUGGAGACCAGGCGUCCUGACUUCUCUAAGCAAGGACGAGGAUCGGCUGCGAGUCAGGAGGGAGGACAAGAAACGCAGGCCACCCCUUUCCGAACCCUGUCCUGGCUGCUAUUCUCCUCUGAGAAAGCUGGGUGAACCAGCGAGAGCCAGGAGACAAGUGGAGAAGCAGCAGCAACCCGGACGCAGACCUACCUGGAGACCAGGCUCCCUGAGUCUCCUAAGGCCUGCCAAGCCGGAGGUCCAGGAUUCAGAAGUGAGAACCAGGAGGGAAGUUGAGAGAUAUCCGCAGCUGCGACCUGGACCCAGAUCGAAUUCUCCAGGGCACUCACUUUACAACUACGGCUAUAUGACUGCUCUUUCUUCCCCUGCCAACAUCAGCCUCCAGGGGCCUGCACCACACGGGCGAGGCAGGAGGGCGGCUGAAGGAACUGAGCCGCGCACACUAAAACCCAAGCGACCCAGGCUGCCCUGCUCGGGCUGCUACAGCCCUCUAGUGUCCCCCAAGGACAACCACCAGCAAGAGAGAGUUAAGAGGGAAGGCCAGAAACCACAGCGAGACAGACCCACAAGGAAGCCCACUUGGAGACCCGGCUCUGGGUCCAUCAUAGGCUGGAGCCCUCCUAAGGAAGUCAAAGACAAGCUCCCCGGCCCCAAGCUCCCCUGUCCCAGCUGCCACGGAUCUGUAGCCACCGGCCAGGAGGGGCGCUCUGCUGAGGGGAUCCUGAGCCCCAGGACCAGGAGAGAAGACGAAAGGCCCCCGGUGGCGAAGCGCCAAGCCAAGCAGAGAGCAAGAGACAGACUGUACUGUGCUGGCUGCUAUUCUGGCAUCACACUGCGGAGCCAGACGCCCCCCUUGAGAGAGGCGGCGGAGGGAGGAUCAAGCGGAGAUUAGCUAGUGCACCCACCUGAGGCAGACUCCUUCCAGGCCUCACCUCCCGUGUGUAGCUAGGCAGCAGCCCAGGCUGGAGUCUGGUAGCCACCCCUCCCCUCCACGCCCCUGAGAUCAAUCUGGAUCCCAACCCCCCCUUCCCCCUCCAGCCAGUACAAACACCCCCUGCUUCUCCUGCUGUAGGGCUGGGAUGGAUCCAAGGCCCCUUUCUCUGCAUCCUGCAAACCCACAACCCCACCCGCCCCUGCCUCGUUCCCUGUAACAGCACAGACAAGGGGAGCGCGGCCGCCCGGGGACCGGAACGGCCUGUCCUGUGGUGCCCUCCGGCCUCCCAAGGUGCUGUGAAGAGGCAGAUAGAUAGAAAUGAAAUUAAAGCUCCAUAUAAAGGGCUGAAUCCACAGGGGUGUACGUGGGUCCAGCUCUGCUGUGCUGAGCGGAACUGCGCCCGUUUAUACCUGCGGGGAACGUGAGCUAAGAGCGCAAAUAAACACAAAUCACUCGC